UUCUUUGCUGUGCAGUGUAAGCAAAUUGUGUGUUAUGCGAAAUUUUCUAUUUACUUGCGCUAAAUAUUAAUGAAAAUUCAUUUGAUAUGUCGCUUAUAACUUGAAGAUAAAAAAAACGGAAGAAUUUUUAUCGAUUACAUCCAAUGUACACUGUUUGCAAUGCUGGAGCUGUGAAAAUCUACCAAUAAACCUUCAUAAUGAAUGAAAUGGGUUCUUCAAGCCUUCUGCAUUUGGGAGACAUUGUCUCCUUAUAUGCAGAAGGUACAGUUAGCGGAUUCCUCAGUACUUUAGGGUUAGUUGAUGAUCGAUCGGUCGUGUGUCCCGAGGCAGGGGACUUGUCAAAUCCACCGAAGAAAUUCAGAGACUGCCUCUUUAAAAUAUGUCCCAUGAACAGGUACUCAGCCCAGAAGCAAUUCUGGAAGGCUGCAAAGCAAAGCAUGGGCUCAAAUACGGACACCAACCUGUUGAAAAGGUUACAUCACGCUGCCGAGAUCGAGAAAAAGCAAAACGACACUGAGAACAAGAAGCUCCUUGGAACCAACGUGCAAUACGGUAGUGUGGUCCAACUUCUGCACUUAAAAUCAAACAAGUACUUAACAGUAAACAAAAGAUUGCCCGCUCUUCUCGAAAAGAACGCAAUGCGAGUGUACUUAGACGGCAACGGUAACGAAGGAUCUUGGUUUUAUAUCUUACCAUUUUACAAGCUGCGAGCGACUGGUGACAACAUAGUGUUAGGAGACAAAGUAAUCUUAAACCCUGUGAACGCAGGCCAACAAGUACUGCACGUUGCCGCCAACCACGAACUCCCGGAUAACCCAGGCUGUAAAGAAGUGAACGUCGUCAACGGGAGCACCUCCUGGAAGGUGACUUUGUUCAUGGAACACCGGGAGAAUUCGGACGAGAUACUUAAAGGCGGCGACGUGGUUCGCUUGUUUCACGCCGAACAGGAGAAGUUCUUGACGAUGGACGAGUACAAGAAGACCCACCACGUGUUCUUGCGGACCACGGGUAGGACGAGUGCCACUGCUGCCACGAGUAGUAAGGCGCUGUGGGAGGUGGAGGUGGUGCAGCACGACCCAUGUCGAGGUGGCGCAGGACAUUGGGACUCGCUUUUUCGCUUCAAACAUCUCGCUACUGGACAGUACCUGGCUGCAGACGUCGACAGCGACCAAGCUGCCGAUCAGAUGAGGAGUAAACUUAGGGCUGAUUCAGCCGAUUCCACUGUGUAUCACCUCGUUCCUGUCGCUUACCCUAACGAAAUCGCGUCGUUGUUCGAAUUAGAUCCGACUAGUUUGACCCGAGGCGACUCCCUCGUUCCACAGUCCAGCUACGUGCGGUUGCACCAUUUGUUCACGAAUAGUUGGGUGCAUUCCACGUCCAUCCCGAUCGACAAGGACGAGGAGAAACCGGUCAUGUCGAAGGUGGGCUGCGCGGUAAUGAAGGAAGACAAAGAAGCCUUCGCUUUAAUUUCUGUUUCGCCGGUUGAAGUUCGUGAUUUAGAUUUUGCCAACGACGCGUGCAAGCUAUUGUCGGCUUUAUCUGUUAAAUUGGAAAAAGGGACCAUUUCUCAUAACGAAAGACGAUCGUUGACAACGCUUUUACAAGAUAUAGUCUAUUUUGUAGCCGAAUUGGAAAACGAACAAAACAAAACCGAAGCUUUAGAGUUAGUUGUUACUAAUCCAAAUAGAGAUAGACAGAAGUUACUAAGGGAACAAGCUAUUCUCAAACAGCUUUUUAAGAUUUUACAGGGCCCGUUUUUGGAUAUCAACGGGGACGGGCCUUUUUUAAAAAUAGAGGAACUCAACGACCCACGACACGCAUCUUAUAAGUAUAUAUUCAGGUUAUGCUACAGGAUAUUGCGGCUGAGUCAGCAGGACUAUCGAAAAAAUCAGGAGUACAUCGCGAAACAUUUCGGUUUUAUGCAAAAACAGAUCGGUUAUGACAUUUUGGCGGAGGAUACGAUAACGGCACUGUUACACAACAAUCGGAAAUUGUUAGAAAAGCAUAUAACUCCUGCUGAAAUCGAGACGUUUGUGGGCUUGGUUCGCAAAAAUAUGAGUAACUGGGAAUCUCGUUUUCUAGAUUAUCUGUCAGAUUUAUGCAUUUCAAAUAAAAAAGCCAUUCCCGUCACUCAAGAAUUGAUCUGUAAAAGCGUACUAAGUCAGAAGAAUUCGGAUAUUCUGAUCGAAACGCGCAUGAUGAAAACUCAGGUUGAAGUCCAAGAGGUGAGCGAAGAGCAUCCUCUGGAAGGGGACGACGAGUUAGAACAACUAGUUACGGUCGUCGAAGAGUGCCAGAUAAUUCUCUUGUGGAAUAACCGCCAGAAAUCCAUGUCGUUGUCUGAGUUGUGCAAGAAUGCCAAACUCGGAAGUCGGGACGAUCAAGCCAUUUUGGACUACUACAGGCACCAGUUGGACUUAUUUUCGAAUAUGUGUUUAAAUAGGCAAUACUUAGCUCUCAAUAACCUGUCGCCGCAUUUAGAUAUAGAGUUAAUACUCAAGUGCAUGGCUGACGAAUCUGUGAAUUUUGAUCUUCGGGCAUCUUUUUGUCGCCUGAUGUUGCAUUUACACGUGGAUCGAGACCCACAGGAGCCCGUCACGCCUGUCAAAUACGCCCGACUGUGGUCGGAAAUACCGUCAAAAAUGUCGAUUAACGACUACGAUAGCAAUAAAACUCCUGACCUCAACAAAGAAGCAGUCCGUGCAAGAUUUUGCUCAACUAUAGCAUUCGUCGAAGACUACCUCUGCAACGUUGUUGCCAAAAUGUGGUCGUUCGCCGAUCAGGAACAAAACAAGUUGACUUUCGAGGUUGUGAAACUAGCUAGAGAAUUAAUCUAUUUUGGCUUUUAUAGUUUCUCUGAUUUGCUUAGAUUAACCAAAACCUUGCUAAGUAUUUUGGAUUGUGUUUCUGAAAACGAUUUUGCUGAUGGUCGAUUACCUACUGGAGAUAUCGAUUCUGGAGACCCCCUGCGGGAUGAGAAAGCCGAAGGCGGAGUCUUGCGCUCAAUCGGAGACAUGGGCGCCGUGAUGACGUCACUAGCUCUAGGACCGGUUGGCCGCUCAGUCGUCACAACCAACGCCGGCCAACACGGCAAAGGUUCACAGUACAUGAAAGAGUACCCGCUCGUCAUGGACACGAAAUUAAAAAUAAUCGAAAUUUUACAAUUUAUUCUUGACGUACGUCUCGAUUAUCGUAUAAGUUGCCUCCUCAGUAUUUUCAAACAGGAAUUUGACGAAUCGGAGAAAAACAGCAGCACCGAUUCGUUAAACUUGGGCCAAAAAAAUAUCGACUUAGAAUUAAUAGGGAGUCAAGCGGAAGGGAUUUUCGGUAGCAGUGAAGAAUGCGCCGUCUUAGAUCUCGACGGACAUGGAGGUCGCACGUUUCUGAGGGUCCUGUUGCAUCUGACCAUGCACGACUAUCCACCGCUCGUUUCAGGGGCUUUACAUUUGCUCUUCCGGCACUUCAGUCAGAGACAAGAAGUGCUACAAGCUUUCAGACAGGUCCAACUACUCGUUUCUGAUAGCGACGUCGAAUCAUACAAACAAAUCAAAGCAGACUUGGACGUCCUCAGACAGUCGGUUGAAAAGUCCGAGUUGUGGGUAUACAAAUCAAAAUGUAUAGACGAACACAACACUACCAGCAGCAAAAAGAAUAAAGAAGAGGAUGAAGAAGUGGCUACGAAACCACCGACUCUUAGCGUGUUGGAGAAAAAAGGGUCUGCGAUUAAUCUGGAUGUGGGCCCGCCCCUGCAUCCAGAGCAAGCCGACGAAUAUAAAAAGAUCCAGCAAAUUUUGAUACGCAUGAAUAAGUUGUGCACUCAAGGCUCACCCAGUGGCAUGGUGAAACCCAGAAAACACGAGCAGCGUCUGCUCCGAAACGUCGGAGUACACACAGUCGUGCUAGAUUUGCUUCAGAUACCGUACGACGAAAAGGAGGAUAUAAGGAUGAACGAACUGAUGAGACUGGCGCAUGAAUUUCUUCAAAAUUUUUGUUUGGGGAAUCAGCAGAAUCAGGUGUUGUUGUUUAAACACUUGGAUUUGUUUUUAAAUCCUGGGAUCAGGGAGGCUCAAACCGUUUGUUCGAUAUUCCAAGAUAAUUCCACUUUGUGCAAUGAAGUGAAUGAUAAAGUUAUCCAGCAUUUCGUUCAUUGUAUCGAGAGUCACGGACGGCACGUGCAAUAUUUGAAGUUUUUACAGACUGUGGUGAAGGCGGAAAAUCAAUUCAUACGGAAGAGUCAGGAUAUGGUGAUGCAAGAAUUGAUUAACGCUGGUGAAGAUGUUUUGGUGUUUUAUAACGAUAAGGCGUCUUUUAAUCAUUUUAUUGAGAUGAUGCGGUCUGAGCGACAUUGUAUGGAUGAGGGUAGUCCUUUAAAGUAUCACGUGGAGUUGGUGAAGUUGCUAGCGUGUUGUACCAUGGGUAAAAAUGUGUAUACGGAAAUUAAGUGUCAUAGUUUGUUGCCGUUGGAUGAUAUUGUGGCUAUGGUAACUCACACUGAUUGUAUACCUGAAGUGAAGGAAGCUUACGUAGGGUUUUUGAAUCAUUGCUAUAUUGACACAGAAGUGGAAAUGAAGGAGAUCUAUACAUCUAAUCAUAUGUGGACGCUUUUCGAAAAGUCGUUUCUUGUAGAUAUGGCAGAUAUAGCAACCGCCCCCACCGACAGAAAACAUCCUGAUAAAGCGUUAGAGAAUUAUGUGACAAACUGUGUGAUGAACAUAAUAUCCACUUUCUUUAGUAGCCCCUUUUCAGACCAAAGCACUACAGUACAGAAACAUCUGCAUGAAGCAAGGGUUUUCUGGAGCGAUUCUACAAUGGAUGAUUAUGAUCCGUUCUCUGUUAACGUUCCGCUCAAACAUUCGCCACUUUCCUCUAAUACAAGACAACCUAUUUUUGUGCAAUUAUUGCAAUCAGCAUUCAGGGUGUCUCAAUGCCCUUGGCUAACAGCCUCACAACGCUUCAACGUCGAAAAUUGUAUCCGAACUUUAUCCGAAGUGGCGAAAAACCGAGGAAUCGCGAUCCCACUCGACCUGGAAAGUCAAGUGGCCGCAAUGUUUAACAAGGCAACAAUUUUAACGAGGCAAACGAGCAAAUGGCUGCAGGCUUCAAAGACUCCAAAGAUGGAGAGGUCGCAAUCUCAGUUGAUGCGUUUGGACAGAAGUAUAAUCGAGGGGUUACAAGACAUAGUGUCGCUGCUAGAGGACCAACUGAAACCACUCGUCCAAUCCGAAUUGAGUCUCUUAGUUGAUGUUCUAUAUCGACCGGAACUUCUUUUUCCGCCGGGGACCGAAUCCCGCAAAAAAUGUGAAAGUGGGGGGUUUAUUAGACGGUUGAUUAAGCAUACCGAAACCUUGUUGGAAGAAAAAGAGGAGAAGCUAUGUGUGAAAGUGUUGAAGACGUUACGUGAGAUGAUGGCCAUCGAUCCGGAAUACGGAGAGAAGAAUGAUAAAAGUGACAAAACUGAAACCGAUAUGGGGGACGUGUUGCGAAAUAGCUUGCUGGCACGAUAUUUCGGAAAAGCUUUUGUACAAAAACAUGACACGGUGGAGUUGGGAACGUAUCAACUGUCGUCGGUGAUGCACGGACCGGGAGCUAAAGUGUUAAGUCGGGCUGGUCGGACUUUACACGAAGUACAAACCCACCUAGACCGAGAAGGCGCAUCCGAUUUAGUUAUAGAGUUGGUGAUAAACUCAGUCAACUCGCCGUCGAUAUUUGGCGAAGCCGUCGAACUAGGAAUCGCUCUCUUGGAAGGUGGGAACCCCAUUAUCCAAAAGAGCAUGUUCAACAAGUUAGUGGGGGGCGACUUAAGUCAGGCUUUCUUCAAGGUAGAGGUCACACCUACCUUGCCUGUUUUGACGCUCUCCUUGCAGGUGUUCUACGAUAAAAUGAAGAGUUCGCAACAGGAAAUCAAGUCUACUGUAAGCGUCAACACCUCCGACAUUGCUGCGAAAGCGCACGAGGAUAAACAAGACGGCAAAGACUUGGAUAAAGUUUCGAAAAAGCAAGGGGGUAAAUCAAACGGAAUUCUCAUAACAGAUGAGUUAAGGGAGGAGUUAAGUCGAGCUGCUGAGUCAACGUCACAGGCUUACGCACAAAUUCGCAACAUGGCGGUGGGGGAGGAUGGAACUGUGACGUCAGGAACGGCAUCCGCGUUCGAAGAUUUACUCGCCGAGAAACUAGAAAAACACAGAGACCGUGAAGAUCAGAGUAGUUUAUCGAAUAAAGUGCUAAUAAUGCAACCGAUUCUCAGAUUUUUGCAACUAUUGUGCGAAAAUCAUAAUCCCGCGUUACAAAAUUUAUUACGUAAUCAGAAUAAUAAAACAAACUAUAAUUUAGUGUCAGAGACAUUGAUGUUUUUGGAUUGUAUAUGUGGGUCGACGACCGGUGGUUUAGGUUUAUUAGGAUUGUACAUAAACGAAAAUAACGUCUCUCUAAUUAAUCAAACUCUUGAAACGCUCACUGAAUACUGCCAGGGACCUUGUCACGAAAAUCAAAAUUGUAUAGCCACCCAUGAAUCUAACGGAUUAGACAUAAUCACCGCGCUUAUUUUGAACGACAUUAACCCUUUAGGGAAAACUCGAAUGGACUUGGUGCUCGAACUCAAGAAUAACGCGUCGAAGUUGCUCUUGGCCAUCAUGGAAAGUCGCGGCGAUAGCGAAAACGCCGAAAGAAUUUUGUACAACAUGAACCCAAAACAGCUAGUAGACGUCGCUUGUCGCGCUUUCCACCAAGAAACCGCUGAAGACGACGAAGAAGUCGACGACGGUAGUGUCGAAGACGCCGUAUCGCCGAAGGAAGUGGGUCACAAUAUUUAUAUUCUUUGCCACCAACUCGCCCAACAUAAUAAAGAACUUGCCGCGUUGUUAAAACCGGCGGAAUUUGGAAGCGACCCAAAAAUCCAAAAAGCACUAGUGUAUUAUGCCACACAUACCGCACAAAUCGAAAUUGUUAGAAACGACCGCACACUGGAACAAAUCGUGUUCCCUAUACCCGAAAUCUGUGAGUACAUCACGACCGACACGAAAAUCAAAGUCCUGAAUACGGCAGAAAGGGACGACCAAGGGUCCAAAGUUGUGGAUUUCUUCGAGCGCACGGAUUCCAUGUUCAACGAAAUGAAAUGGCAGAAGAAAUUGAGGGCCCAACCGGUCUUGUUUUGGGUUAGCAGUUACAUGUCGCUGUGGAGCAAUAUCUUGUUUAAUUGUGCCGUACUUAUUAACUUGAUAGUCGCCUUCUUUUAUCCAUUUGAAGACACUUUGCCAAAAAUCAGCUCGAGCAUUUCGGUGUUGAUCUGGGUUGCGAUGUUGGCUUCAACUGCCAUAGUCGUCACGUUGCCCAGGGAGACGGGCAUAAGAACGCUGGUAGCCUCCACUAUUCUGAGACUGAUAUUCUCUCUAGGUCCAGAACCAACACUGUGGCUUCUGGGUACCGUUACAAUUUUACUCAAAGGAAUACAUCUAGUCAGCAUAAUGGGCAAUCAUGGUACACUUACUAAAACCUAUCAACAAAUACUCACCGAUGCGGAACUCGUUUAUCACUUAGCAUACCUUGUGUUUUGCAUGUUGGGACUACUAAUGCACCCUUUCUUCUAUUCAGUUCUGCUUUUUGACGUCGUAUACCGUGAAGAAACUCUUCUGAAUGUCAUCCGAUCGGUUACGAGAAAUGGACGUUCUAUCAUUUUGACGGCAGUACUUGCAUUAAUUCUUGUGUAUAUGUUCUCAAUUAUUGGCUAUAUGUUCUUCAAAGAAGAUUUUAUUGUAAGCGUUAAAAAGAAAAAUGACGAAACAAUCUGUGAAACUGUUUCUGAUACUACUGGUAAUAAGUAUACACCUGACCAUGCCCAGUAUUGUAAGGUUGUCGACCCUGGUGAAGAAAAGAAGGAACGCGCUUGCGAUUCGUUGAUUAUGUGUAUUGUUACGACGUUAAAUCAGGGGCUGCGAAAUGGUGGCGGAAUUGGUGAUAUUUUGAGAGCUCCCAGUAGUGAGGAGGCUCUGUUCGUGGCACGCGUCGUCUACGACCUUCUAUUCUUCUUCGUUGUGAUCAUCAUCGUACUUAACCUUAUUUUUGGUGUUAUUAUCGAUACGUUCGCCGAUCUGAGAUCCGAAAAACAACAAAAGGAGUUAAUUUUGAAAAACACUUGCUUCAUUUGCGGUUUGAAUCGGUCCGCCUUUGACAACAAGACCGUUAGUUUCGAGGAGCACAUAAAGUGUGAACACAACAUGUGGCACUAUUUGUACUUCAUAGUUUUGACGAAAGUUAAGGACCCGACCGAGUUUACAGGUCCGGAGAGUUACGUGUACGCAAUGGUGAAAGCGUCGAAUUUGGAUUGGUUCCCGCGUCUGAGGGCCAUGUCUUUGGCCGCCGUCGAAGGAGAAGGCGAACAAAUCGAACUGCGAAGUCUUCAAGCCCAGUUGGAGAACACGCAACUACUCGUCACCAACCUGUCCCAGCAGUUGAUGGAGUUGAAGGAUCAAAUGGCGGAACAACGCAAGCAGAAGCAAAGAAUUGGGUUACUUAACUCGGCUUCGGCAUAUCUACAGACGCCAAAUUUACUGUGAAGAAUGUACUGUCGAUAAAUUAUCCUAGUCUUGAGCGUGAAGCUCAUUUGUUGUGAAAUGAUUAAUGCAAGUCAUUGCAUUCACUUAGAUAGUCUAAUCAUAGCUCAGUAAUGCUCAAAUUCUUCUAUAGUGCAAUCUUUGAAGAAGUGUCAACUCGUGUACGCAUAACCUGUUACUAAAAUUUUCUAGCUACAAGAUUGUUUCAAUUUUACAUGUUCUGUGUUGUGGUUAUAGGGUUGUAUUAAGUGCAGUUUCUUUCAAGGAUGUUUAUUGUUGUUGUACUUUUAGACUUGUGUACAAAGUUAUCGAAAUAUGAAUCUAUAAUACGUUAACA